AUGGAGUCUCCAGUGGUAGCUGUGAAAGAUAACAAGCUAUUAAAAGGAGCUUUUACAGUCGGCGGAAUCAUGGUUACUCUCGUCAUCUAUGGUGUUUUACAGGAAAAGCUCAUGAGAGUUCCUUAUGGGCAAAACAAAGAAUUUUUCACAUUCUCACUAUUUCUAGUCUUCUGCAAUCGUCUUACAACCUCAGCUGUAUCCGCUGCUUCUUUAGUGGCGAGUAAGAAAGCUUUGGAUCCUGUUGCCCCUGUUUACAAGUACUGCUUGGUGUCUGUAACUAAUAUUCUAACCACAACAUGCCAGUAUGAAGCCCUUGAAUAUGUCAGUUUUCCCGUCCAGACUCUUGCAAAAUGUGCCAAAAUGAUACCAGUCAUGAUUUGGGGUUCUAUAAUCAUGCAGAAAAGAUACAAGGGACUCGAUUAUUUGUGGGCUGUCCUUGUAACUGUUGGAUGUUCUGUGUUUAUUCUGUAUCCGGCAGGAGAUGAUAUCAGCCCCUACAAGAAAGGGAGAGAGAGCACGGUUUGGGGUAUGUCCCUCAUGGCAGGCUAUCUGGGGUAUUAGUCUUGCACUUUAACUCACUAUUUUCUCCUGUGUUGUGCUGCUUUGAGUUUCACAUACUGGCUGGCUUUAUGCAACAUCUUCCUUUCCUGUGAGUUUAGCAGUGUGUGGGGAUUGGGGAAGUUCUAUGGUUUACCCCAACUUACUACCUGGGAUUUUGCUGCCAUAAUGUUCCCCUAUUACUCUCUUAAGCAGUAGCAUCCUAAUCAUCCCCUCUACUCCACUCUUUUGUUAAGGAGGUCAAUAUGUUUACAUUUGAAGCAGAGAUAUUCUCUAUAGGUCUUGCUUAGACU